GGAUGGCUGAGGUCGUGUCCUCGAGCUGCCAUGAUGGUGUCGGGGUUCAAGAGAUAGUUGCCAGCCGGGAGGGAAAUACCUAAAACUGGACGGAUACCUGCUGGGCCAUUUUUCUUCAGAAUUGGCACUCUGAACUCCUCGUUUCUCCUUCCAAACCCCCCGCCCCCUGCCCGCCCCCACCAAACACCACAGCACAGCAGCAGAGAUGGCCGAAAUAACCAUCACCGGCUGGACGACGCGCGAUGUCCGCUUUCCCACCUCGCUGGACAAGACGGGCUCGGAUGCCAUGAACGCAGCGGGCGACUACUCGGCCGCCUACUGCAUUCUGCAGACCGACUCGGCCUACACUGGUCACGGCAUGACCUUCACCAUUGGCCGCGGCAACGACAUUGUCUGCGCAGCCAUCAACCACGUCGCCGAGCGCAUCAAGGGCAGGACACUCUCCAGCCUGGUUGCCCACUGGGGCCAAACAUGGCGCCACCUCGUCAACGACAGCCAGCUGCGGUGGAUUGGCCCGGAGAAGGGUGUCAUCCACCUCGCCCUCGGCGCCGUCGUCAACGCCGUCUGGGACCUGUGGGCCAAGGUGCUCGGCAAGCCCGUGUGGCGCGUCGUGGCCGAGAUGACGCCGGAGCAGUUCGUCGACUGCAUCGACUUCCGCUACAUCACCGACGCCGUCACGCCCGAGGAGGCCGUCGCCAUGCUGAGGGAGUCCGAGGCCGGCAAGGCCGACCGCCUCCGCGACGCCGAGAACAGCCGGGCCGUGCCCGCCUACACGACCAGCGCCGGCUGGCUCGGCUACGGCGAGGACAAGAUGCGCGCGCUGCUGCAGGAGACGCAGGCCAAGGGGUACAAGCACUUCAAGCUCAAGGUCGGCGGCAACGUCGAGCAGGACCGGCGGCGGCUGGCCAUCGCGCGCGAGGUGAUCGGCUACGACCGGGGCAACGUCCUGAUGGUGGACGCCAACCAGGUGUGGUCCGUGCCCGAGGCCAUCGAGUACAUGAAGCAGCUGGCCGAGUUCAAGCCGUGGUUCAUCGAGGAGCCGACGUCGCCCGACGACAUCCUCGGCCACAAGGCGGUGCGGGACGCCCUGCGGCCGUACGGCAUCGGCGUGGCCACGGGCGAGAUGUGCCAGAACCGCGUCAUCUUCAAGCAGUUGCUGAUGGCGGGCGCCAUCGACGUGUGCCAGAUCGACGCGUGCCGCAUGGGCGGCGUCAACGAGGUGCUCGCCGUGCUGCUCAUGGCCAAGAAGUACGGCGUCCCGAUCGUGCCGCACUCGGGCGGCGUCGGCCUGCCCGAGUACACCCAGCACCUCAGCACCAUCGACUACGUCGUCGUCAGCGGCAAGCGCUCCGUGCUCGAGUACGUCGACCACCUGCACGAGCACUUCCUGCACCCGUCCGUCAUCAAGGACGGCUUCUACCAGACCCCCAUGGACCCCGGCUACAGCGUCGAGAUGAAGCCCGAGAGCAUGGACCGCUUCGAGUACCCCGGCGGCCCGGCCAGCUGGUGGAGGAGCGAGGAGGCCCGGCCGAUAUUGGAGGGCGAGAAGAUCUAGCGAGGAGUUGGCGGUGUCGUUUCGAGCCUGCAUUUUGUGCAUUGAGCGUUGCAGGAGCGGCUUUUGAGCGUUGCGGAAGCGGCAUUUGGCACUGGAUUUAAAUAGAACGGGAAUACGUCACUUUAAUUCACAUCACGGCGCCUUGCUUACUCCCGGCAACAAAGCUCUGCUACGAAGCAGGGAGAUAAGCAAAAGACUCGUAAUAAACCAGGUUUACAUACCUA